AAACUUAGCCGGAUAAUCUUUUGAAAAAUCCACUCCACUCCUCAAUUUUUCUUUUCAUUUUUGCUCUCUCUCUCUUCCGAAAUGAAAAACCAUUUUACUUUCUGAACCCGAAAAGUCUUCCAGGAGAAGAGGGGAAUUGAAUUCCGUUUGAACAAUGGCGGCCCUGACUUCAGUCUCGUUUGCUGCAAUAACUCAAUCCACCGACAGGAAAGUCUCAGUUCCGUCUACUCGCACUUAUCUGGCGUCCAAUUUCUAUGCUUUUAAGCUCCGCUUGCCCUAUGAUUCGUGCAAUUUUCGGAGCGGGAGCUCCAGUUCUCGUAUGGUAGUUCAUUGCAUGUCCACUGCCACAGAUCCACCUACAGUGUCUGAGACAAAGUCGAAUUUCUUGAAGGCAUAUAAGAGACCAAUUCCAAGUAUAUACAACACGGUAUUACAAGAGCUAAUUGUACAGCAGCAUUUGAUGAGGUACAAGAGGUCAUAUCAGUACGAUCCUGUCUUUGCACUUGGUUUUGUUACAGUCUACGAUCAACUCAUGGAGGGGUACCCAAGUGAUGAGGAUAGAGAGGCCAUUUUCAAAGCUUACAUAGAGGCUCUAAAUGAGGAUCCUGCCCAAUACAGGGCUGAUGCAAAGAAGUUGGAAGAAUGGGCCCGUUCCCAGUCUGCCAGUUCUUUAGUAGAUUUCGCUUCCAGAGAAGGCGAAGUUGAAGGCAUUCUAAAGGACAUUUCCACAAGAGCAGGAAGCAAAGGAAGUUUCAGCUACAGUAGGUUCUUUGCUGUUGGUCUCUUCCGCCUGCUUGAGUUAUCAAAUGCAACUGAGCCAACCAUCUUAGACAAGCUUUGUCUUGCGCUAAAUGUAAAUAAGAAAAGUGUUGACCGGGACCUUGAUGUCUACCGCAAUCUGCUUUCUAAGCUGGUUCAAGCAAAAGAGCUGUUAAAGGAAUAUGUUGACAGAGAGAAAAAGAAAGUAGAAGAAAGGACAGCAUCUCAAAAAGCCAACGAGGCUGUCACAAAGUGCUUGGCAGAGUACCAAUCCGCCGCACGGUAGCAUUUCCUUUCUGUUACCUUACGAUCCGAGGGAUGUACUGCAUCAUCAUAGGGAUGUACUGCCUCCCAAUGAUGAAUUAUUAUAAGAGUAAGCUUGGUAUAUCCGGUGUGCAGGCAGAUAAUAUAAUAGAGGUCGCAUAUUUCUUCGAUAAUUUCUUGUAAUACAAGCCCUCCAAACAAGGCACAGAGACCAACUUUGAUAUUGAUAUUCAUGCUACUAUGUUGUAAAGCUUUAUGUUAGUUCCUGACCAGUAAAAUUAUAUUGCGUUUCCCAAAUUUCCAAGUCAAAGACAUUUGUAACAUUUGUUUCAUUCCUUUUAACACCAUAAUUUUUGUUUGAA